AUGGCCGCCGAAGUCAUGAUGCCUGCAGCUGCACCCGCCGUGCUAGGCCCCAAGCUUAAAGAACCCAUGCGUCCGACGAAUCAGCUGCCGGACUUUCUCAUUGAAGAGGCCCGGCGAGUUGAAAGGGUUCCCUUUGACCCAAAGAAGCACCUCAAGAUCGCUGACCCGGAACGGAUCUUCACCAUGCAGGAGAUAGGGCUCGGCGGACAGGGUAUCUCGCCCGUUGCAGCGUCAGCCCCAUUCUCCAUCUUCACGCCGGAGGCCGUGGCGCAGAUGAGAGCCGAGAUCUUCAGCGAGCCAGUCCUGCAGAGUUGCCAGUUUGCGUCGGACUUUGCCAAAAACAUGAUUCGUGGUUAUGGUCCCAGACUUUGCCCCUUUAUCUUCGACGCAUGGAACAGCCCCGAAGUCCUCAACGCAGUGUCAAAGGUUGCCGGCGUCGAACUUGUCCCGGCUAUCGAAUACGAAGUUGGCCACAUCAACAUCUCUAUCAACAACGUGACGACUGAGUUGAGCACGGUCGAGAGCAGUGCCACGUAUCUGGACGAUGAAUCCUCUGCCUUUGCAUGGCAUCGGGACAGCUACGCUUUUGUCUGUGUUACCAUGCUUUCUGACUGCACUGGUAUGAUUGGGGGAGAGACGGCGAUGCGGACGGGUAAUGGAGACGUUAUGAAGGUCCGUGGACCUAUGAUGGGCACCGGAGUUGUCAUGCAGGGUCGUUACAUCGAACACCAGGCCCUGAAGGCCAAGGGAGGCAGGGAGCGCAUCAGCAUGGUGACUGCUUUCCGCCCAAAGAGUCCCUUGGUCCGAGACGAGACGGUUCUUACUGGUUCUCGCCCUAUCAGCACUCGGUCCGAUCUCUACUAUCAGUGGAGCCACUACCGUCUGGACGUGCUUGAGGAACGCUUGCGAGCUGGAGCCAAGAACCUCCGGGAGCGCGAACACGCCGGCCGCAAGUUUGACGUUGAUGCUGCACGGGAGUUCUUGAACUUGCAGAAGCAGUUUUUGGAGGCCACCAUAUUGGAACUUGAAUAG